GACUGACAGAUCCUGGCAGCACACGCUGACUGGUCGCUGAUAAGGUCGUUGUUGUUGUCACUCUUUCCUAGUGUAAAUUCGACAUUUUUCGUUGAAAAUGGGGUCAUGUUGUUCAAGAUGCCAGAAGACCGAGGAGGUUGUGGUGGCUCCUGUGAGGGAUCGCGAAUUAUCCCGUGAUCGAGACAACAACAUCCCAGCUGAUGAAGGUUGCCCAACUAAUGAAGGCUGCCCAGCUGAUGAAGGCUGCCCAGCUGAUGAAGGCUGCCCAGCUGAUGAAAGCUGCCCAACUAAUGAAGGCUGUCCAGCUGAUGGAGGCUGCCCAGCUGAUGAAGGCUGCCCAGCUGACGAAAGCUGCAUGGAGCUUCCUGUUACUGCUGAACCUCUUGUGGACAAAAACAUCCCCAGGGCAGUAACCGAGCCAGGACCUCCAUCAGCUCAUAGAGACUCGGCUGACUUACUUCAUACACACUGAAAAAAUUACGUCUGUCCUGGACAUUGUGAAGUCAGCUGAGGCAAGAAAAGCAUAGAGGCUACUUGGCACUUUUCUCUUUUUACUUGUGACUUGAUCGAUGCAGCGAUAUAAGGUUAUUUGUGUAUUUCUCAUGACUUUUUCUUGCGUUUGUUAUGUUGCGCAUUAAGGAUUUAGUGAUAUGUCACUUGAAAUAAAAUACCCACUUUGUUUUACUUCUUACCCCUUUUUUUGUUCACUUGGAAUGGGUUCUAACCUAAAGAUAAUCUCCACCAGACGGUUAAGAUUCUGUGGGGAUGCCUACUGCUUACUCCCAAGGUUUAGCGCUUCUUUUUUUAUUUUAAUAAUAUCGCAAGGUAGCAAUGUCUUAGAGCCGGUACCCAGAGAUCCAAGGAAUUGGAUAAUCUCCACUUUGGAUCAAACUGGAUUGCCUUCCAUGCGUGUAUUCUACACGCCUUUGGUUCACUGAAGCUUGGCUCCUUCAAUCCUUUUUAAGUUCUUUGUGGUAAUGAUAAUCGAGGGAGGUUCCUUGAUGAUGAUGAGGGAAUUUUUAUUUAAGGAAUUGGAUCUGUGCUCCAAUUUAUUAGGGGCAAUGAGAUGGCAGACUCUGCUGCG